GCAAAAACUACCAAAACAUUGCGAAAACUUCAAAAUAAUGGGAUUAGGUUAGAAAAGUUGAUUAAACAACAGUAAUAACUCGCUAAAUUAAAUUAAAUCGCAAUGGACGAGUUCUUGUCAUCAACCUUAGCGAAAUUGAACAACAACAAUUUUAACGAAUUAAACCUCAUUAUUGGUAACGAGAGCUGUGACUUAGACUCAGCUAUAAGCGCUAUUGUCUAUGCUACUUAUUUAUUCUGGCAGCACAACCAAGUUAAGUGUAAAGUCUGUACCAAAGCGUACCGAGAUGGUACAUUGGUAAAAGAUGAUGUAUUUGUACCGAUACUCAAUGUGGACCGAGCUGAUUAUGAGUUGAAGACAGAAGUAGCAUAUUUGUUGAAAAAGAAAGGAAUUUCUGCCAGUAAUUUAGUAUUUAGAGAUGAUCACAACUUACAAGAGUUGUUAAAUAAUUCUAAAUCUAAAGUGGUGCUUGUAGAUCAUCAUGUUUUAGCCAAAAAGGAUGAAUUCCUAGCUCCAUUUGUUACUGAAAUUAUUGAUCACAGGCCACUAGACAAAUCAAAAUGGACCUACAAAGAAGACACCAGGUCCACAAUAGAAAUAGUUGGAUCCUGUGCGACACUGGUCGCGCAGAGAAUCAAAGAUCUGAGCAGCUUGGUGGCCAAAGAUGUUGAUUUCUUUAAAGCUUACCCUGUUUGUGGGGAGUUGUUGCAUGCUACAAUAAUAUUAGACACGGUGAAUUUCUCGAAAGAGGUGAACAAGGCAACUCCACAUGAUGACGAUAUUAUUCAGUUUUUAGAAAGUGUUAUCAAACCGGCUGAUUAUAAGGCUGAAAGACAACGUAUCUUAGACACGUUAGUAGAAGCAAGAAAGGAUGUAUCAAAUCUUUCAGCCGCACAGUUACUGAAAAAAGAUGUGAAAAUUGUCGGCAAUGUGCUCGUACCCAGCUUUCCUAUACUUGUUAAGGAGUUCCUAGACCGUCCCGCAGCCCUGGAGGCAGUGACCGAAGCCCUGACCCGCAACAACUGUGAUGUAGCACUGUUGUUAGGUAUGGACCUCACUGCGGGCCUGAAAAGGGAUACAGCUAUUUACGCUCCGAAGAGUCCUGAAAAGGCUGUGAAGCUAGGAGAACAUCUAUUACAAUGGCGCACCCCAGACCUUCAACUUCAGGCUGAUAAAGCAUCUUGCAUUUACUACCAGCAACUAAAUCUUUCAGCUAGUCGUAAACAAUAUAUAUCUCCUGUCACCCAAUGGAUCCAAAAUUCUACUAACUAAGACUUAUUUACAACUUCCGGGGCUGCGGGAUUGUUCGCGUGCUACCGCGGCGCUGGUAUAUAAAGGGCUUAAGAAGGAACAUGGCGGGGUUUAGUCAGUAAGAGUCUGACACUCCCGAGCGCUGCACACACAGCGGGAGAAGCAAAAAAACGACAACCAACAUAAAUAAAUAAUAAAUAAAUAAUGUCUAGGAACCUUUUCACACACGGUCGGUUAGCCCCAUGGUAAGUUAUUAAUUAACUUGGGUUAUGGGUGCUAACACAACUGAUAAACUACAUAUAGCUACACAUAUACAUAUUUAUAAAUACAUAUUGUCACACCCAGACCACGGCCAACAAGCAUGCUCAUCACACAAAUGUCGACCGAACCGGGAAUCGAACCCGGGACCUCAGAUUCGGCAGUCCGGCUUGGUGACCAUUGCGCCAUAGAGGUCGUCAAAU